AUGUCCCCACAAGCCACCUUGCAGCACCAACUCAGCGAAAUCCUAAACAUGCACCCCCCGCCAGAGUAUCAGUGUCUGGAGUUCAGCAUUUCUCGUGUCUACCGCUGCAAAAACACAAUCAGCCCCGUCACCCGCGCAGCAGCCCCUAGAUUACUCAAUACAAGUAGCAGGUAUUUCAACGAGGGUCGGGAUAUCAGCGGCAUCUUAGUGGGUUGGUCUACUCUGCUGCUGUGUACUCAAUCCCAUCAGUCUCAGUGGUAUCGACUGGCUCGAAAGUGGGCAUUCCAGGUGUGGAGGUACUCGCUUGGUCGGCGUGAUUCUACGACUACUACUGAUGUGGCCAGCAAUGAGAAUAGGCUUGUGCAGGGGCAACCGGGAGCUGAGGCUAGUGGUGCCCUCCACUCGGACGUGGUGCAUGGACCGGUGGAGCAGGCACAGCAAGCGUCAGCGGAGGAGUGGCGUCCACAGGGAGAGGUUCCAAGACCAUGCCACCAUGAAGAGCCGACCGCCAGCUCUGUGAGUGAGGAGUCGGUGCGCUCCAGCUCGAGCUUGGAUCAGGCUGCUCAGGCCUUGAAUACGAGCGCUGUCUCGGGGAUGGUGGCGCCAAGGGCGGUUGAGGACGAGUGUGGGAUCUGUCUACUAGGGUUUUUCGUUGACGUGACGGGCGGGUCAGCGAGGGAGUACACUGCGGCUGAGAAGGAGCUUUACGAGACGGUAUAUGACGAUGAUCUGUGGGUGUGGUGUCGGCGUCACUGUGGCACGAAUUAUCAUGGAGAGUGUAUGGAUCGGUGGAUUGAGACGUCUGGGAAUUUGCACCCGAAAUGUCCGACUUGUAGCGAAUUUUGGGUUUAUUGA